CUGUGGGCUUUUUUUACUUACUGUAGGUGCUUGGUUGGUUUUUUUUUUGGCUGAGAGAAAAGUUCCUCUUAAACUUCAGAGGAUUUAAUUUUGGGGUUUUUAGCCUCCAGUUACAGCCUCACAAUAAGCUCACUUGUUAUUGACCUGAGACGGAGAGGCACGCAGGGGCAGCUGAUUAUCAGAGCUGUGUGUGUGUGUGUGUGUGUGUGUGGGUGUGUGUGUAUGGAGGCAGGUUGAAGCUCUACGUCAGCGUUGAUCCAGUCGAGCAGGACGACAGACAGGAGGCAGAAAAACUGGACCUGCAGCUCAUGUUGUGUUUGUUCUCCUGCAGAUCAACAUGGCUGAAACACACAAAGUGACAGCAGGCAGCAGGAAGAAAUGGAAAAUUGGAGGUGAAGAGCUUAAACCCGCCGGCUGGUCCGAACGAGAUGAUGAAAGAAAUCUGGCAGUCCCUUUCAGAGGUCACAUCACAGGUGGGAUGCGUCCGGGGAAGAAGGCGGUGAUUUUCGGUGUUGUAGAUCCUCGUCCCGACAGGUUCUACAUCGCCCUGACGUGCGGUCGUGGUUCUUCCAGGGAGCCUCCGCCUGACGUGGCUCUGGAGCUCUGUGUUAGAUUCAGGGACCGGCAGGUUCUGCGGAGGGCUUGCGUGUCUGGAUCCUGGGGCGAAGCAGAAAGAGCCGUCCCCUUCUUCCCCUUCAUCAGAGACCUGCCGUUCAAGAUCGAGAUUCACUGUGAACAAGGUCGGUUUCGUGUCUUUGUGGACGGACAGCAGCUGUUUGACUUUGACCACAGACUGACGACACUCAGCGACAUCGACACUUUAUGGAUCAAAGGCAGCGUCACCAUCACAAAACUGGCCUGAAUGAAACGAUGAACCUCAGGAGAGACUGAUCUCAACUCUGUGGAUCAUGAUUAGUUUUUUUAUAUGAUAUUCACCUUUUCUGAUACUGAAGACUUUAGAGAAGGUUUGCUUUCUUUGCUCUCCUUUUAUAUCGGACAAUAAUUAAAUCACAAUUGAUUUUUAUGGUAAUUAACAGCCUUUAACUUUCUAAAUGAGGCCUUCAUGGUGAUUACUGAUGGUGAGGUAAGUUCUUAGAUGUCUUAACUUUUUUAUUUUACCGUUAUAGCUCACCAACAUUUUUAUAUUUUUAUAUUUUAGGUUUUAUAUAUUUACCUAUAAUGCCUUUGCUGUUGGGAGAAAAAAAAUCAGUGGGCUUCAUCUCUUUGGAAUGUGUUCCAGUUUGGUUCAUUAAGUUUGGGAAUUUUCCCAGAAUGUCCCACAUAGCUGCCAGUCAUUGUUAUGUAAAUAAGACCAGAGAUUGAUGAUGAAGGAAACAUAGAAAACAAAACACACAAUUGUACAGAAUAUCUGAAAAUUAUUUGAUGGUUCUUGUAACCGUGCUGUGCUUUGGAGACAUUGAAUGAACCACAGCUACCACUGAGGGCACUGAGGUCCUAUUUUCUGUGAUUUUACGGGGUUUUUUUGUAGCCUGUUGGAGUUAAAAGAGCAUUCCACCAAUGUAUCAUCACACUUUUAUAAAAUUGUCAGACUCAUGAUUGACCCUUAAAAGAAAAAGGAUCAUAAUCGAUGCAGCAGAACCAGAGAUGUCAUCUUUUUUAUUCCACACGUUCUUCUUCCAGGUUAAAACUGCAUUACCCAUAGUGCAACUCAACUCAAUUUACUUGACUGUACCAUAUACUGUAUAUAAGAACUAGACUGUACAGGUUAGGGUCAUGGGUGUAUUAUAAGAGCUGAUCGGGUGCCAGUUGAUUUCCCCCUAGUGGUCACUCACAGUAUUGCAGCACAAAAAAAAUUCCUCCUGUCGCCCAAAAAGCAUUUUCCCCCCAUAGAGCACCAUUGUAAAAGAACUUUAAGUUAUGGUGAGAAAAAGAUAAAGACACUCAGGCUUCUGUGAGCUUCUACAGUGAGAGAUACAAAAGAUUAUGUGCCGAGUCGACUACCUCAAACCACACAGUGUGACGUCCUGCUGCUGCUGCUGCUACCAUCCAUGUAUAUAUAAAAACUGUAUAUUUGUAUAUGAAGAAUACAUCUGUUUUUAGGCCACAUUUUAUUUUAAACCAUCCACUGAAAACUUCAUUUUGUAUUUUAUGGAAAUAAUGUGAUGAAUGAGCCUUUUAGAAACAGCUGUCUUUGUCUCUCUUUGUGUAUUUACUCAAGUACUGUAUUCAAGUACAUGUUUGAGGUACUUGUACUUUACUGUAGUAUUUCCAUGUGAUGCUACUUUCUACAUCUCAGAGGGAAAUAUUGUACUUUCUACUCCACCACAUUUAUUUGACAGCUUUAGUUACUUUUAAAAUGACGAUUUGACACAAUGGAUAAUAUACUCAAACUAAAUGUAUUGAGUUUGGUUGUAGGAAUGUUCUUGCUAACACACCACUGCACUUAUUCUCAGCAGGUCACUAAAACUAAAUUUCUGGGUUUUAAAUGAGAUAAUUCAUCCUGGUCUGAUCAAAUUAGUACAUAUUGGUUUUUACCUUGUUUAUAAUACAUGUUGAGUGAGCUCUGUUUAGUCCACAAACAAACUGAAUGAAGACAAGUUGCUGUUUUGGAACCUUUGAUUGUUUUUAUUUUCUUUUAGUUGUUGACUAUUUUUGUUGUAGGUUUCUAUUGUUACUGUUUCAUAUUUUUGGCUCAAUUUGCCCUUUUUAUGUUUUAUUGAAACAAUGUGAUUUUAAUUAUUGCUUCUUUAUAUUGUUGAUGUUUGUGUGUGGACCCCAGCGAGCACUUUGUGGAAGCUGAUGGGGAUCCAAAUAACGAAUAAAGGUCCCA